UUUGCGCUUAAUUCUUCUUCUCUCUUCCUUUGCGUCAGGUAUUUAGAUAACUACUCAUCGUUUAUUAUUCUAAAGCUUUUACAUAAUUUCCUUUCACUUUUUUUUUAAUUUAUAAUGCGGCUGCUUUCGUUGGAUUCGACGCGAAGCCCCUCCGAAGCUUGUCCUCUGCAGCCCGAUCCCGCUUGGUGUGUGUUGUUUGUGAAGCUGGAUUUACCGUAAAGGUUCGAAACCCGAGGGAGACUCGUUUAAAUGCUCCUGUCGUCGAGGAGCAGCCAAAACCAAGAGGUGUGUGUGCCCGGGGCGCCGCCUGGCCUGUGCCGAUGAAGAACCCGGGAGCUGCCGAGAGCCGCCGGCUGGUCGUGCUGCUGGAGGGCGCCCUGCUCAGAGAGGCCCGUCUGUGGAAGGCUCCCGUCUUGAAGGAUGGAUGCAUCGAGGGUGCUGACAUCUCUUCGUCCCAACACAAAGAGAUGAUCGUCUGGCUCGGAGAAAUGAGCCGACUCUUCCAUUUCUGUCCAGAGACCUUCGCACUGGGAGUGUGUGUCCUCAACCGCCUGCUGUCCACUGUCAAGGCUCAACCAAAAUACCUGAAAUGCAUAUCGUUCACCUCCCUGGUCCUGGCUGCCAAGAUCAAUGAGGAAGAUGAGGUUAUAGGUUCUGUCAGAGACCUGGUUGUGCAGAGCGGAUGCAGCUUUUCAACCGCGGAGAUUCUGCGCAUGGAGAGGAUCAUUCUGGACAAGCUGAACUGGGACUUGUACACCGCCACACCGGUCGACUUCAUUCACAUAUUCCACGCCCUGCUCGUCUCCGGCCACCCCCACCUCCUUCCGUCCAUCGGGCUCGGCCCCGGCUCCCCCCCCGGCGGGCCUGGCCCUCAGAAGAGGCCUUCUUUCUUCCAGGCGGCGUUGUGGACCAGGCAGGUGCAGCACUGUAUGGCCUGCCACCAGCUCUGGCAGUUCAAGGGCUCCACGUUGGCCUUGGCCAUCAUCACCUUGGAGCUGGAGGCGCUCACGGCCGAGUGGUUCUCCGUGGUCACCGACCUGCUGAAGAAGGCUCAGGUCGACAGUGCCGAGUUCAUCCACUGCAAGGAGACAGUGGACGAGUACCUGCACAGCUUGGAGUUCUCGCUGCCGGCCAACGCCAUCUACAUCUUCGACAGCGCCCAGAUCCCGGAGGAGGAGCGAGCCUGGAGCCCCACGCAGCCCCUGUGGCAGGCCGGGAGGGGGCGUGGCGGCGAGCAGGGGAACUCGGAUGAGUAUUAUGACGGGAUUCUGCGUUUGUACGAUGAGGAGUCGAACCCGGGCUCAGAGGGAAGCUUGUUCGACCCCCAGCAGAAAAGCGUGUCCCCCUGCCCGCCGCUGCACCCUGCUGUCAACUAGCUGCACGUUUAUCCACAGCCAUCCAUCUCUGUACAAGUGCACAGCGCCCCCUAGUCCACGUUUAAGAUAUUAAGAAGUCACAUUAGGGUCUCAAUCAUUAGUUAUGAAAUUAGAGAAAAUUAAGGCAGAAAUAAUUUAGUUGUGACUUGAUUUAAAUCCAAUUUGAAACCUGUUUUAUUCCCACCUGUGCACUUGUCGACCAAAUGUGAAUGUGGAUGUGUGUGUUGAUCUGUGCACGAGAAGUUGAAUGUUCCUCUCUGGCGAAGUGUUAUUGGUCCAUUUCCGUUCUCUACCUUUUUAAUAACGCCAGUUUUCCAUAUUUCUAAAACUUUCUGUCCUUUCUACAGCCACGACAAAUUUUAGUUCCACACGUCGGUGCUGAAGGGCGAUUAUUAUACAGUUGUAUGCGUGUUUUUUUUAUUGAAUGCAGUUGAGGCCAAGAAGUUUUUUAUGUUUGAGAGUUGAUCCUGGUUUUGUUUGUCGGUGCUCCGGUUCCCUGCAGAACCACAAAGCACUUUGAGAAAGAGAGAUUUUUUUUAAUGCAUAUAUAUAUUUUUUGCUAUUUUUAUUAUUAUUUUAAUCUUUUACUUGUACUUAACAUUUCCGUGUUGUGUUUAAUUAGCUAGUUAUUUACAAAAACUACACUUCGCCAAAAAAAAGCUUUAAUUUCAUAACGAAAUGCUGCAAUUUAUUUCUGUGAAGAUUUACUUCAACUUUUGUUACUUAUCAGACACCUUUUGGAAAACUAGUCCAACACUUGACAUCAUGAGAUGAUUGGAUUAUUGAUCCAGCAUCAAGGUUCUCAUUUAAAUGUUCAUUCAUUUUAUUCUACCUUCAAUGGUAGAACCAAUAAUCCUACUCAAAAUGUCACGCUGGAUAUUAUACUGUUUUACUUUGUUAAUAUAAUUCUGUUUCGUCAAUGUUACUGAAUUUAUCCUUUUGUAUGACGUUGGCUGAAACGCGUCCACGGGGACGUCACUCCACUGCCGAACAGUCGAAGCCUUUAGACACUGAACAGAUCUGAUCUCCAUUCGACUGGAGGCUGCUGAAAUCGGCAUUAAUGUGAACUGUCCAUUUUUCUCCACUGUUCAAUCUGCUGCGACUGAGUGAAAGUGACAGCAGCGACCAAUGUAGAGUUGUUUUUGUUCUGAGGCAGCUAAAUCUCUACUGUUUGUGUUGACGACAGAAAUAAAGUUAUGACUUCAGAAGUCUAAACCUGUGA